CGCGGGGCGCUGAGUCGGGAGGCGCGGAGGCGGCGCGGGGCCGCUGGGGGCCGCCCGCCCGCCACCUGCCGCACCAUGGGCAGCGCAGACAACGCAGUCAAAGAAAAGCUGCUGUGGAACGUGAAAAAGGAGGUGAAGCAAAUCAUGGAGGAAGCCGUCACCAGGAAGUUUGUGCAUGAAGAUAGCAGCCACAUCAUUGCUCUAUGUGGUGCUGUGGAGGCUUGCCUCCUGCAUCAGCUAAGGCGCCGAGCCGCUGGCUUUCUACGCAGUGACAAGAUGGCAGCCCUAUUCACCAAAGUGGGAAAGACAUGCCCCGUGGCUGGAGACAUUUGCCACAAGGUGCAGGAGCUGCAGCAACAAGCAGAGGGCAGGAAACCACCAGGAAGCAGCCAAGAAGCCCUUAGAAAACAGGGCUCCACCACUGGAAAGGCCCCACCUCUCAGCCCACAGGCCUUGAAACACAUAUGGGUGCGCACGGCCCUUGUGGAGAAAGUUCUGGACAGGAUUGUACAGUACCUGGCUGAGAACUGCAGCAAGUACUACGAGAAGGAGGCAUUAUUAGCAGACCCCGUGUUUGGCCCAAUCCUGGCAUGUCUCCUAGUGGGACCCUGUGCCUUGGAAUACACGAAGCUCAAGACAGCUGAUCACUACUGGACUGAUCCCUCUGCUGAUGAGCUAGUCCAGAGGCACCGUAUCCGGGGUCCCCCUAAUCGUCAGGACUCCCCAGCAAAGCGCCCUGCCCUGGGGAUCCGGAAGCGCCACUCCAGUGGCGGUGCUUCAGAAGACCGGCUAGCUGCCUGUGCCCGUGAGUACGUGGAAUCGCUGCACCAGAACUCAAGAACACGGCUGCUCUAUGGCAAGAACAACGUGCUGGUGCAGCCGAAGGAAGACAUGGAGGCAGUCCCUGGCUACCUCUCCCUGCACCAGUCUGCAGAGAACCUAACCCUGAAGUGGACUCCCAACCAACUCAUGAACGGGACUCUCGGGGACUCUGAGCUAGAAAAGAGUGUGUACUGGGACUACGCCUUGGUGGUGCCCUUCAGUCAGAUCGUCUGCAUCCACUGCCACCAGCAAAAGAGCGGUGGCACGCUUGUGCUGGUGAGCCAGGAUGGCAUCCAGAGGCCGCCACUGCACUUCCCACAGGGAGGACACCUGCUGUCCUUUCUGUCAUGUCUGGAGAAUGGGCUGCUGCCUCGUGGACAGCUUGAGCCCCCGCUGUGGACCCAGCAGGGAAAGGGCAAGGUUUUCCCCAAGCUACGGAAACGCAGCAGCAGACGUUCCGUUGACGUGGAGGAGCUGGGUGUCGGGCGGGCCACAGACUAUGUGUUCCGAAUCAUCUACCCUGGACAUCGGCACGAGCACAUCACUAUUAACUACCACCACCUAGCGGCCAGCCGUGCGGCCUCGGUGGACGAUGAUGAGGAAGAGGAGGAUAAGCUACACGCGAUGCUCUCAAUGAUCUGCUCGCGGAACCUCACAGCUCCCAAUCCGAUGAAAGAUGCUGGCGACAUGAUUGAGAUGCAGGGAUUUGGACCCAGCCUGGCAGCCUGGCACCGAGAGCCCCUGUGUAGCCAGGGCUCCUCCUGCCUCUCCUGUUCCUCCAGGAGCUCCCCAUAUGCAACCCCCAGUCACUGCAGCUGCACUCCUGACAGGUUGCCUCUCAGGCUGCUGUGUGAGAGCAUGAAGAGGCAGAUUGUGUCCCGGGCCUUCUAUGGCUGGCUGGCCUACUGUCGCCACCUCUCCACGGUGAGGACCCACCUGUCCGCACUGGUGCAUCACAACAUCAUUCCACCGGACAGGCCCCCAGGGGCCUCAGGGGGCCUUACCAAGGAUGUGUGGAGCAAGUAUCAGAAGGACGAAAAGAACUACAAGGAGCUGGAGCUGCUGCGGCAGGUGUACUACGGAGGAGUGGAGCACGAGAUUCGAAAGGAGGUCUGGCCCUUCCUGCUCGGUCACUACAAGUUUGGCAUGAGCAAGAAGGAGAUGGAGCAGGUGGAUGCAGCAGUGGCAGCGAGGUACCAGCAGGUGCUGGCAGAGUGGAAGGCCUGCGAGGUGGUGGUGAGGCAGCGGGAGCGGGACGCUCAUCCAGCCACGCUCACCAAGUUCUCCUCGGGCAGCAGCAUCGACAGCCACGUGCAGCGCCUUGUGCACCGAGACUCCACCAUCAGCAAUGACGUGUUUAUCUCUGUGGACGACCUAGAGCCCCCGGGGCCUCAGGACCCUGAAGAUCCCAGACCAAAGCAGGAACAGGAACCAGGAACUGGGAUUCCCGGCGUGGCCGCCGCAGAGCAGCAGUCAGUGGAGUUUGACUCUCCGGACUCUGGGCUGCCUUCCUCGCGCAACUACUCUGUGGCCUCAGGCAUACAGUCCAGCCUUGAUGAGGCCCAGAGUGUGGGCUUUGAGGAGGACGGUGGUGGAGAAGAAGGCUCCGAAGGGCCGGCCGCUGCGGCCCACACUUUCUCUGAACCCCACCAUCCAGGCGAGGAGCAGCCUGCACCUGCCAGUGAGCUUGAAGCAGGGGAGGAGCUGGCAGCUGUGUGCGCUGCAGCCUAUACUAUAGAAUUACUGGACACCGUGGCCUUAAAUCUGCACCGCAUAGACAAGGACGUGCAGAGGUGUGACCGCAACUACUGGUACUUCACGACCCCCAACCUGGAGCGGCUCAGAGACAUCAUGUGCAGCUACGUGUGGGAGCACCUGGAUGUGGGCUAUGUGCAGGGCAUGUGUGACCUCCUGGCACCUCUCCUGGUCAUCCUUGACAACGACCAGCUGGCCUACAGCUGCUUCAGCCACCUCAUGAAGAGGAUGAGCCAAAACUUCCCCAACGGGGGUGCCAUGGACACCCACUUUGCCAGCAUGCGUUCCCUCAUCCAGAUCUUGGACUCAGAGCUAUUUGAGCUGAUGCAUCAAAAUGGAGACUACACCCACUUCUACUUCUGUUACCGCUGGUUCCUGCUGGAUUUUAAAAGAGAGCUGCUGUAUGAGGACGUGUUUGCAGUGUGGGAGGUGAUCUGGGCGGCCAGGCACAUCUCCUCAGAGCACUUUGUCCUGUUCAUCGCCCUGGCCCUGGUGGAGGCCUACAGGGAGAUCAUCCGCGACAACAACAUGGACUUCACUGACAUCAUCAAGUUCUUCAAUGAGCGGGCUGAGCGCCAUGAUGCCCAGGAGAUCCUGAGGAUUGCCCGGGACUUGGUCCACAAGGUGCAGAUGCUCAUGGACAACAAGUGAGGGCUGCAGCCAGGGGGAGGAGAGGCUGUCAGAGCAGAGAGCCCGGGUCCCAGGCCCUGAGCUCCAGCAGGGAGAGGCAGAGGUCACCAGAGCCUAGACUGCCUCACCUCAUACCCUACCCCACCUCUGCCAACCCCACCACUCAGCUGUGUAACCUAACAGAGUGACUGUGAGCCUGAGAUGUGAGUGUCAAUGCUGGCCCUGCCUGGCAAGUCGGGGUCAGGAUGCCUGUGGAUCACAUCUGGGUGGGAGGGGUCGGCUUCGGGGAGAGUGGCUGUCUCUGUUCUCCAAUCAAACAACUUAGAAUAGCCCCACUGCCAUCUGCAGCCUCUCGGCCUGGACUGUUUCCCGAUGGCUCUUCCCAGGCAGCCUGGGCCUGAAAGGGUAGUGGGGUCUGCAGUGGGCUGAGCCUCAUCGAGCAAGAGUUGCAUGGGGUGAGGAGCUCUGUGCCGAAUCUCUCCUGAGACCUUUUGUGGUCUCCACAAGCUGCCUAUUCAGGCAUUUGUCCUAGGGCGGGAGACCCGGGCUUCUGUCCAGGCUCUCUUGAGACUGGGGCCAUGAGCUGUGAGCCCUGGGUAAGAACAGCCCAUCUCAGCAGCACUGCCACGGCCUCUGGCCACCAGGGCGACCCCAUGAACUCCCCACCCCCGUCUGCACACUGUCCCUGUCCUCAACCCUGCCCUUGCUAGUGCCCUGCACACGAGUAGCACACUUGCCGAUGUGGAUGGGGGACGGUGGGUGUGCUCGCUCCCCGAAGGAGCCCCAGGGAGAAUGGGUAAGAAAGUCCUGUCGCAGCCUUCUUCCCAGGACAGGCCUGGGGCUGAGGGAGUGGAGUUCCCGGCAGUUCCUCUUCAUCCCUAGUGAGAGAUAAGGCUAGCUCCACUUUGCACAUGCUUCUUGGGGUGCUGAGAGGCCUGCGAACCCAGAAAGGCCCUUGGAGGAGUGUUCAGGGUGCCCAGCCCUGAACCCAAGGCCUAGGCAUGCUGCCUGUUUAUUCUGUUAUCCCCACAUUCCUCUCCUGCCCUCGCCCCAAUCCGGCACAUGCAGGCCAGGUCUGGGGCCCGCAGCCCACACCUUGCCCGGCUCCUGCCCAGAAGUCACUAGGGUCCACAGACUUAAUGCAUUUGAAAGCCACACGGCCCUCCCUGCCCUCCCUUACCCCUGGGUACUGCACGGCUUUGGGGCCAGCCCACCCCAUUGCCCACCCUGUUCAUGAUCCCUCGGCCUCCACCAAGCACGAGUGGCCAAUGUGUGCCUGCCUUAGUGACUCUGAUUUUGUGAGGAGCAGAGUGUAUGGGGUUUGGGGUUCUGUUUUUGUUUUUUUGUUCACUUGUUUGAUUGGUUGGUUGGUUUUGUUUUGCUCAGAAACUAUACUCUUCAAUGUAACAGACCAAUAAAAUGCGUUUGGCAAUUCCUGA